UUGCUGUCGAGUCACCUCUGUCAGGAUGGAGGAAAACGAACUGCUAUCAUGCUGAAUAACGACAGAUACCGACACCCGAACAUCGUAAACCCGGCUAGUUAGACACAAGCUAUCGUUUUUAGACUGCUGUGCCGUUUCUUUUUCGCUUCGCCAAAAUGAUGGAAGAAAUCGACCGGUUUCAAGUGCCUCCAGUCAACGGAGAGACGCAGCCAUUGGACCCAGCAGCAUCCUCCACCUCAGAGGCAGACCCUGAUGCCAAAGGAGAGACUGUGGCCAUGAACUACAAGCCCUCACCACUGCAGGUCCAAAUAGAAAAACAGAGAGACCUCGCCAGGAAGGGAUCUGUGAAGAAUGGCACCGUGGGAAGUCCUGUCAAUCAACAACCCAAGAAGAACGCCAGGACAAGGUUGGUGGUACCAAACAAAGGGUACUCAUCUUUAGACCAGAGCCCAGAUGAGAAGCCCCUGGUUGCACUGGACACUGACAGUGAUGAUGACUUUGACAUGUCCAGAUACUCAUCAUCAGGAUACUCCUCAGCCGAGGUGAGAUGUCUGAGGGACCAGCAGAUCAACCAGGACCUGAACAUCCAGCUCCUGAAAGACGGCUACCGACUGGAUGAGAUCCCAGACGAUGAGGACCUCGAUCUGAUCCCCCCCAAAGCAGUCAACCCCACCUGCAUGUGCUGCCAGGCUGCUCCCUCCACAGCCUGUCAAAUCCAGUAGCACCAUUCCCACCCCUUUCAAAAUAAAUCUCCUUCCUGCCAACUGCACUGAGGCCAACAACUAACCAGAACGGCAGCCCGGGGAGGUGGCUAUGGCACAAAGGGAAAACAAGGAUACCGAAGUGAGAAUAAAAAAAGGGAAAUAGUGAAGAAAAGAGUUGAUAUGUACAGUAAGUGUGCACGUUCCUCCUAUGGUUGGAUCAGUGCAUCGUUCCUUUGCAUGGUCAGAUCGACAAGGACUCGACUGAUGGCAGAAACAUUACCUCGAAGGAAAUACAUAUUACUUUUUCUUCUCUUUCCGUUCAAUUUCCAUCUCAUGCUUGUAGAUAUUUGGAUUUACACAGACCUUUGUGAGGAUCGUUGAACAAAAACAACAUGGGAUGUCAAGAAAAAAACAUGGUGAUGACAGUUCUGUGACAUCACAGCGGCCGUGGCGUCUACUGAUGGACGAGAAGAGAUUGGAAGUUUUGUAGAGACCAUUUUUUUCUGUUUCUCCUUUCUUUCAGCCGGUCUGCUUCGUCUUCCCUUGUAAAUGUGUCAAACAUGAAAAUAAUGUGUGUGUCUAAAUAUGUCCAGGAAAGUAGUGCUAAAAUAUCAAGCUGCUGAUAAAACACUAAUGCUUACACUAAGAUAUCAAAUCCAGAGUUUUUUUUUUAUUGUCUGUUACACAAAGGCUGUACUGCAUAACUGUUUUAUAUUCUGUUAAAAAGAAACACAACCUGUUUUGCAUGUUGCCUGUCCUAAUGAGCAGCCUGUGCAGGUAAUUUACUGGAGUUUAUUUAGACCUGAACACAUCCAUGUGCCGAUGAGACAUUAUAUGAGGUGUCCUUUUAAAAGCUUCAUAGUUUACCCACUGUAAUACCAGUAGAUGUAGAGAAACAGUUAGUAAAACUGAAAGCAGGUCAUGACUCAUGACUCAUGAGUUUCUGUACUUUUUUCCUGUUUUGUUUAUCAUGCUAGUCCAACAUGGUUGGAUGUUUGAGAAGGAGGAAAGUGCUAUCAACACUGAAAAUGUGGAUUCUUGGGGGAAUAACUUAAUCAUGAAAGUUGAAGAAUAUGGGCAACUACAUUAAAAAGUUGUGCAUUUUUGCUCCUUCAUGGUUUGAGGUUCAGAGGAAUGUCUACAGAAUGAUUCUUUAUCACCUUGAUGGAAAUAAAAUAGAUAAUUUUUGUUUUGUGUUAGGAUUCCAGGACAUUAUUUGCUUAUCUGACAAGAAAAUAAUAUGAUUGUCAUUUUUCUGUUUUGAUGUCAGUGUGUUUGUUUGCUUUGUAUUCUUGUACAUUUGCUUUUUUUAUUUGGGGACAAGAAGUGUAUAUGUAGCACCGGACACAGCUGUGUAUUGUCGAUGCGUUAAUGCCAAUGGAUAUUAUCCAUGAUGUGCAGAGGGAAGUAGUCCUUGGUGUUUGGGAUGCAUACUGCUUACUGUGUUUGUCAUGUUUACAUCAUUCUGAAGACAUCUUCAGUACUAGGUUGCACCAGCUAUGCUUAAGUUUAAACAUAGAUUAGAUUAAACAGAAGAUCAAAUUUAAGACAGGGUUUGUACACCUCUAGAAGCAGAAGGCCAGCACUCAAAUGUCCUUUUUAACAUUUAUUCAGGCUAACAGGCCACAACAGACGCGUUUCGA